CAAUUGUCACUCAGAUUGUCAAUUAAACAUUUUUUUUCAGCACAAAUCGUGAAACUGAAAGAAAAUUAUAUUGCUCUUCUAAUUAUCAAUAUAUCCAUAAUUUAUUCAUAAAUAAAAAUGGCAUUCAGAACAACUGCCAUCGUACAUAGCAGCUUGAAAAGAUGGGCAUAUAAUUUAUCGGGAUUCAAUAAGUAUGGUCUGCUCCGUGAUGACUGCUUGUAUGAAACUGAAGAUGUGAAGGAAGCACUGCGUCGUCUUCCUGACAAUUUAGUUGAUGAGCGCAAUUUUCGCAUUGUCCGAGCUGUCCAACUCUCCAUACAGAAGACCAUUCUGCCUAAAGAAGAGUGGACCAAAUAUGAUGAAGAUAAGCUUUACCUCAGCCCAAUUGUAGAACAGGUCAAAAAGGAGCGCAUAGAGCGUGAGAAUUGGGAAAAGGACUACUAAACUCCUCAUACAGUUAUUAUUUAAAAAUGUUUAAAUUAAAAUA